AUGGCUUCAAAUUGUCCAGUUAAAAUUCGAUUAUAUAACACGUGUGCAGUUUUAAAAAUUACAACAUUAACAUUAAAUCAUAAUCAUAAAACUGAACCAUCAAAUUUAAAAUAUUAUCCUCGUAAUCGUCGUUUGCAUAAUAAUACAACUGAAAUGAUAAAAGUAUAUGAUCGUCAUAAAGUUUCACGAAGUAUUAUUGUAACAUUUGAAGAAGAUUAG